GCCCGGGGGCCCUGGGGGGCGAGGCGGCGGCAGCGGCGGCAGCGGCGGCCGCGGGAUCCGCGACGGGAUCGGCAGCGGCGGCAGUGUCGGGAACGGGAUCGAGCCGCUCGGGCCAGCAGCAGGGCCCCGGCCGCGGUGCAGCGGGAGCGGCAGCGGGCAGUACUCGCGGCGGCAGCAAGAUGGCGACAGCGACCAGCAGCACCCCGUCGUCCGCGCACGGAUGGCCCAACACCAAGGAGGAUUACGAGCUGAGGGAGGUAAUCGGUGUUGGAGCCACAGCAGUUGUUCACGGAGCACUCUGCAAACCAAGGAACGAAAAAUGUGCUAUCAAAAGAAUAAAUCUAGAAAAGUGGAAUACGAGUAUGGAUGAAUUGCUGAAAGAGAUUCAAGCUAUGUCAUCAUGCAACCAUGAGAAUGUGGUAACCUAUCAUACAAGCUUUGUUGUGCGUGAGGAAUUAUGGCUGGUUCUUAGACUGCUUGAGGGUGGCUCAUUGUUGGAUAUAAUCAAACAUAAAAUGAGGGCUAGCAAUUGUCGGCAUGGAGUUUUUGAUGAAUCUACAAUUGCUACUGUGCUCAAGGAAGUGUUAAAAGGACUGGAAUACUUCCACAGCAAUGGCCAAAUUCAUAGAGACAUAAAAGCUGGUAAUAUUUUGUUGGGAGAAGAUGGUACUGUACAGAUAGCUGAUUUUGGAGUCAGUGCGUGGCUUGCCACUGGAAGGGAUUUAUCAAGGCAGAAAGUCCGUCACACUUUUGUGGGAACUCCUUGUUGGAUGGCUCCAGAAGUCAUGGAACAGGAUCAUGGAUAUGAUUUCAAAGCUGACAUCUGGUCUUUUGGGAUUACUGCAAUUGAGAUGGCCUCAGGAACAGCCCCUUAUCAUAAAUAUCCUCCUAUGAAAGUUUUGAUGCUUACACUUCAGAAUGAUCCUCCGACGUUGGACACUGGGGCAGAAGAUAAGGAUCAAUAUAAGGCAUAUGGAAAGACAUUCCGUAAAAUGAUUGUGGAUUGCUUGCAAAAGGAUCCAUCAAAGAGACCUACUGCUACAGAACUCCUAAAACAUCCAUUUUUCAAAAAAGCAAAGGACCGUAAAUAUUUGCAACAAACCUUAGUUGCUAUUGGACCUAGCUUGGAAACCAGAGUUCAAAAAGCGUCUAAACGACAACCUGGUGCAUCUGGAAGGCUGCACCGUACUGUCACGGGUGAAUGGGUGUGGUCAUCAGAAGAGGAGGGCGGUCAAUCUUCAGAUGAUGAGUGUGAACCAAAACCGCUUAACUGCAUUGAGGCUGGAUCUUCAGGCAGUGAGCAUGACUUGACAGACAAUGAUGUUAGUUCUGGAGGAAGUGGUGGACAUAUGGGUGGUUCUGAUGGAUCAUCAAGCCCUGCUCCUGUCAAUCUUGUUUUACGAAUGAGAAACCCCAAAAGAGAACUGAAUGACAUUCGGUUCGAAUUUGCUGUAGGGAAGGACAGUGCAGAAGGCAUAGCUGCUGAACUAGUUGGUGCGGGUCUAGUGGAUGGACGAGACAUUGUAGUAAUUGCUGCCAAUCUCCAAAAACUAAUAGAUACUCAGUCCCAAAGCAAAACUGUUACUUUCCCUCUGAACUCAGGCUAUGCAAGCAAUGAAACACCUGAUGACAAGGCCCUUAUUGGCUUUGCCCAGAUAUCAAUAACAGAUUGAAGAUAGUUCUCUUUAGGGCCAUGUUUAAUAGUAUUUAUUAUUGGGAUGAUUUGAUUGACUGAAUGAAUGGAACCAGGUCAUAGGUAUAAUUACUUUCAGUGCUCUUUUUUAUUUAUCAUUACUGUGAUUUCUUAGCCCACCAAGUUGUCUCUGAAGUACAAACAAAAUUUUUGUGUCCCUAUGUGAAAUUUAUGGUUUUAGCAGGUCAUUGAAGUGAAUAUAAUAUCAGUAUUUUCUUUAUCAUAUUCUCAUUCUAGUUGGAUAGAUCAUCAAAUCAGUGUCUUAACAGUGAGCUACAAAUACUUUGGCCUAUACUAGUGUGUGGUAAACCUUUCAUACUCUGUCAUAAUGAAAUAUUGAAGUUCCAGGUCUAGUUUUCUACUUUUAUGAAAUUUCAAUUGUACCAGUUAUUUAACGAGUAAUUUUCUCUUUUUAUACUAAAACUGAUCACUGUGGCAAUCAGACAAUGUCUUUAACGAAUAGCUCAAAACUGUAGUUCUUUUUAUCCCUCUAUAUUUAUUGUAAAAAUUAAAUGACCUAAAUAUUUUGAUCUUUCUAUCUAUUUGAGAGAGUUAUAAUUUGUUCCUAUUGCUAUGCUCACAAUCAUAGUCAGAAGCACAAUCAUUUUCAGUCUCUCUUGCCUGGUAUAUAAAUCAAUUUCAAACUAUUGGCUAAAUUUCUGCUCGUAAGUUUGAUAUGGAAGUGAUAUUAUCGAACUGUCCAUUUCCUGCUUUUACUUCAUGAGCAAUCCUUAGCUUAUUUCUCUAUCAACCUUUGCCUGUCUUCGUUAUUUAGUAAGGUGAAGGUCCAUUUAUGAUAAAUUGAAGCAUUUAUGUAAUAGUAGACUUGAGUAAAGGAGGAUUAUCUGUUUUUGAGCAAAAAGUAAAGGGAAUGUCAGCUGCAGAUUGUAAGUGUAAACUUAAAUGUGGUCAUAAAUUUUUGAUUUUGAGGAGGAUUUUUAAAUUGAGAUACUUCUCAUCAUUCUGAAUUGUCAAUUUACUAUGUGCCUGAUGGUAUGUGGAUGCCAGUGAAUGCUCGGAUAUUGGUAUCUUUCAUGUGUGGCUGAUUUCCUUUGUAGUCUGGUAAUUAGUCUUAAUUUGAGUCCUGUGUUUUUGAGGGGUAGGGAACAUGUGUGUUCAUACUGGUUUAUUUAUUUUUUACCUUAAAGUACGCCACUUCUUUCCCAGUGUAGCAUAAAUAUUAGAGCUGUUGUAGAGCCAAAAUGACCUAGCUAGGGAAAAUAAAACUUUUGUUAACACUGUCAAAGUGGUUCCUCUAUGUGUAAAUAGCUCCUAUUGUUAAAUUUCUUUCGCCUUCUUAUAACCAUGAUAUGUUUAUUGAAAAUGUUCAAUAAUCUCUAUUGAGCUUUGCUCUUAACAGGAGUUAUACCUUGAACCAUGUACUUACAAUUCCAUAUACUGUUUAGUGUAGUCCUCUGGAAAGUUAACCUCUCACUCCCUAAAUUGUUGGAUGAAAGGGAAGUAAAAUUGAUCAACAUCCCAGUGCGUGUGUUUCACUUCCAUGUUUAUGUCCGAAAUGAAAUUAAUGCAAAAUGAGUGCUUUGUAUUGUGUAUAUUGUUCAAUUUGUUGAUUGUUAUCCUGGUUGCCUGUGUCCGUAUGGCGCCUAUUUUGACCAGUUUUCAAGUAGAGUAUAAUUUAUUUGUUAUUUAAUUUUCCAUGUAAAUUAUUCAAAAUGCACAAUUUUUUCUUGAUGAUAUAUGCGUAUUCCGCAGACAAUAGUCAUAUUUUCUUGGACAUAUUUUGUGAUAGGAUGUGACAGAAAAGUGUGCUUUUUUAAAGGUGACAUUUUACUGUCCUGCCCUCUGCAGAUUAAAUCAAUUCUGUCGCCUUUAUGCCAGAAAUAAGUCUUCAUUUAUCUUCAUCAAAUUGAACUCCUUUCUCAUUGUAGCAAUAUUGUGUGUUUAUGCAUUGUAGGGCAAAGUACUACUUAAAGGUGUGAAUUUUAAUGCAUAAACUUGACUAUCCUUGCUGUGAUGAUGCUUUUCUACUUCAGAUGAAAUGAAAACAAUAAAAUAGUAGUCAAAGUAA